AUGGGACCACCCCGAGGAUUUGUCACUAUGUGCUGCUGCUGGUACCUGGCACUGCUGCUGCCGUUGGUUGUAGCUGAAAAUUCUUGUUCCCAGAUAAAACUUCCCGUGCAUCACUAUAUUCUUACUGGAUCCUUGAUUGGCACUGUUGACCUGCAUAAAUGCUUGCGCUCUAAUGAUGCAGUUGCUGGAACAAGUAAUUCUAAUUUCACAAUUGAACCUGUUGGUUCCACAUAUGCCUUGUAUGCCACGGAAUAUGUUAAGAUGCCUGAUCAUCCUGUUUCACUUGGAAUUAUACUGCAGAAUCAAAAUUCCAAAAAGGAGAGGAUUAUUCCAGUGACACUUGUACCUGAAACAAAUGCUGGCAAAGGAAGAUACACCAGAGAACUACUAAGACGUACAAAAAGGAGAUGGAGUCCUCUGCCCAUCAUACAUAAUGAGAACUACAGAGGGAAAUUUCCAUGUUAUCUUGAACGGCUCCAGUCUGACACUCAGGUGCUAUAUGAUAUUAUUUACACCAUUUCGGGACCAGGAGUGGAUCAGCCACCAAUAGGUUUGUUUCAGAUGGAUCCAAAAACUGGAGACUUGUACAUCAAUGGCUUAGUGGAUCGGGAAGAAUACCCUUCUUUUCCGCUAACCGUUUAUGCAGCAACAUUAGAUGGAUAUUCACCAGAGUCCCCUCUGUCGUUUCCCAUUGUCAUAGGGGAUGACAAUGAUAAUGCC